UUGACUAAAUGUGUAGGCCUAUCUCGAGAGCAAAGGAUAGUUUUUGUUGAUUAAUGGUUUUCCAACACACAUAGAACAUAGAUGAUAAAAUAAUUAGGAAGAGACGUGGUGUAGCCUAAACGCAUUUGUUCAGCAAAGAUACAUCAUUGUUCUCCUGCAUGUCAUUAUAUGCGUAGCCUAAUUCCCUGGACGACUAAAUCCUAAAUGGCUGGCAAAAAGAAAGAAGUCAGUCUACAGGUGUCAGUCACAAACGAAGAACAAUGGGGCGAAAUGCUCUCCACAAAGGGCCUAACAGUUGUUGACGUCUAUCAGCAGUGGUGUGGCCCCUGUCGCGCCGUCGUCAGCCUUUUCAGAAAGAUAAAGAAUGAACUCGGCGACGACCUUUUACAUUUUGCAACAGUAGAGGCGGACAGCAUCGACGCUCUGGAGAGGUACAGGGGCAGAUGUGAACCCACCUUCCUCUUCUAUGGGGGCGGGGAGCUGGUGGGGGUUCUACGGGGUGCCAACGCGCCCCUCCUGCAGCGGCUGGUGGUGGAGGAGCUGGCCAAGGAGAAGAAGGUUCUAGAAGACGGGGCGGAGCGCAGAGUGGUGAAGGAUGAGGGCUUGGUCGACGGGGAGGAGGAAGACGAGGGGGAGGCCAUUGAGAAUGACCACAGUGAUGAAGAUGUUCUGGUUCCGGCACACAAAUCCUACACAGUGGCGAUUAUUAAACCAGACGCGGUCGCACACGGCAAAGCCAGUGAGAUCAUCAUGAAGAUCCAGGCCGCCGGCUUCGAGAUCCUGGCCCACGACGAGAGGACCCUGACUGAGGACGAGGCACGUGUCUUCUACCAGCACAAAGAGGACGAGCCCUAUUUCCAGGAGCUGGUGGAGUUCAUGGCCAGCGGGCCGUCCCAAGUGCUGGUCAUCUCGCAGACGGACGCCUCGGCCGACGUCGUCCCCGCCUGGAGGGAGUUCAUCGGCCCGGCGGAUGUACAGGAGGCCAGGAGGGACAAACCUGACAGUCUGCGUGCCCAGUACGGGACCGAGUCUCUGUUCAACGGUCUCCACGGCAGCGAGGACGGCGAGCGCGCCAGCAGGGAGCUGGCCUUCUUCUUCCCCACCUUCCGCACGUCUCCGCCCGACUCCACCGCCGGCGCGGCGCACGAGGAGGAGCGGGAGCGCGGGCCCGCCGCAGCGGAAGGACGACCCGCCGAGAGGACGCUGGCGCUGAUCCGGCCGCAGCUUGCCAGGGAACACAGGGACGAGAUCUUGUCCUGCGUCCACGAGGCCGGCUUCAGCGUGGCCCUGCAGAAGGAGCUGACCCUGAGCGAGGAGCAGGUGAGGGAGUUCUACAGCGCACACCUGGAGCAGGACUACUUCCCAGCCCUCCUGCAGAGCAUGACCAGUGGUCCAGUGCUGGCUCUGGCCUUGGCUCGGAGAGACGCCGUGCAGCGCUGGAGAGGCAUGCUGGGGCCCACCGACAUCAGCCUGGCCCUGGAGGAGCAGCCCGACUGCCUGAGGGCCCGGUUCUCCGCGGAGGGGGAACUCGUGAACCAGAUCCACGGCAGCGGGAGCUCGGAGGAGGCCGAGCGGGAGAUCGGCUUCUUCUUCCCGCGUUUGGAGGACACGUUGGCCGUUAUCAAGCCCGACGGCGUGGAGCGCCACCGAGAGGAGAUUCUCCAGGAGAUCCGGGCCGGGGGGUUCUCCAUCAUGCGGCAGAAGGAGACGGUUCUGUCUCGAGAACUGGCGGAGGAGUUCUACAGGGAGCACCGGGACAAGCCGUUCUUCAGCCAGCUGGUGGACUUCAUGUGCCGGGGCCCAUGUCUGUUGCUGGUGCUGACCAAAGAGAACGCCGUGGAGGAGUGGAGGGCCAUGAUGGGCCCCGCCGACCCCAGCGAGGCUCGCCAGGCCGCGCCCGACUCCCUGAGGGCCCGCUUCGCCCGCGACCUCCUGGAGAACUCCGUCCACGGCUCGUCCAACCCGCAGCACGCGCGGCAGAAGAUGGACUUCAUCUUCGGCGAGAUCGGCGAAGAGGAGGAGGCCAGUGGUGAGAGAGAGAUGGCGUCACUUCCUCGUGAUGAAGAGGGCCUGGAGAGUUGCGAGGACUUCAGGCAGCUGGAGGAGUCGAUAUCUCCCUCAACUGAUGCUAAUGAGCAGCUGAUAGCCCUCAUGAGUCCGGAGGACGAUUCUCCAAUAGAGCUGAAUAAGGCACUCUCAGCUCAUGGUCCCCGGACUCCUGACGUUGCCAUACCAACAUCAGAGCGGAUGGGGGAAGUGGAGGCACACAGCGCUGCCAGUGACCGUCCGCAGUCUGGUGACCCGACGUCCUCCGCGGAGCUGAGAUGUUCGGGCGACAGCUCCCAGGACUGAGGUCAAAGGUCAGGCCAGAGGAAACGGGCUUGUGGCGUCUCUGUCAUCAGGGAGAGCUGACCCCAUUAGAACUCCUGACGUGACCCGCCACUGGACAACAGAUGAUCCCUCCCCUUAAGCCCUCGUGCUUUAUGAGUCAAAUGAAAUGCAGGGGGGUACACUGUAGUGCUGUGAUGGGUUUGAGUCUGAGGAGAUUAAUAAUCCUCCAGCCUUUGCUCUGUCUGGAAAGCCAUUGGUUAAUCAGGAAAAUAGAGGUGAUGUGAGACUUGAAAUGUUGAAUUAUGAAUUAUUUACGUAGGUAAAGCUGAUUUGUGUUUGAUCCCAUCAUAGGGGAUGAAGCCGUAUUUAUUGUUUUAGUCAGGCAUAAUAAAGCCUGCAAUGUCUGUCUUGCUUUGUUUCCGUAACAAUAAAGAAGGGCAGGACAUACUGUUUGAAAAUAA